CAAACGUGCGGAACGUGUAUUACGGCGAAAGUGGAAAAGUGGAAAAGCGGAAACGGAAAGCAAAUUUAAAAACUAACUGUGUAAAUAAAUAAGCGCAUGUAGGCGCAUGAGAAGUCAGAAAAAAUGACAAAUGGAUAUAUUUAAGUGUGUGGAUAUUGGCAUAAAUAUAGUGUCUAAGUGACCCUUAGACAAAGUGUGUUAAUAGCGAAGUAAACAAACGCUUGUUCAUGUGCGCGUUGCCGUGUCUGUUUGGCUAACGUGUGAAUUGGCAAAGAAUCCAGCAUUCGACGAGAAUCAUCAAGUGGCAGUGCGAACAGGAAAAUAAGUGUUUCUUAGUGUGUUUACAACGAUGAAGUGCGUAAUCUAUGUAACUGCGGGGGAUAGUGUGACAAAUAUGAGUAAAUAAAAAUAAAAUCGAAAUAACUGCGGGAGUGCGGUAGAGAAUUUAUUUGAAGAUUUAAUUAAUAGUUGGUUGUCAAAAAACAAAAAAAAAAAAAAUAUGUAUGUAUAAAUAAAAAUUGCUUCAAAAUAUUGCAUGAAAUGGCCAUCCGACUGGAUUUAUGCGACGCUGACACUCAUGGGACCAUCCUUAACCCGCACCAUACUCUAUACUUCUGGACAUUUAAGGCUAACUGCUAACUUAAUUACUAUUUUAAAAUCUUGUGGCUACUUCUGAAGUCAAUGGUUCAAAUCCACAACAAAAUGACUGGUGCCGUUGGAAAAUGAGUAGUGUGUAAAAAUGUGUUCGAAACUCCUGUAUAUGCAGUAUGUGACCAUCUUGUUGCUUUCAAUAUUAACGACUGCUACUUUGCGAUUGGCAACAUCCACAACAGCAACAACAACAGGCGCAGAAGCCGCUGGCGCUCCUGCUAAGCGAUUGACUCGUUCUGGCAGAAUAACAGGUGUUACCACCAACGUAACAUUGCAUGAAAUAGGCGAUAUUGUGCAACUAUUAAUCAGUUGGGAUGACAAUUUACCAAAAGGUACCUCAUACAAUGUCAUAGUGACUGCCACAAAUUACACAAAGUGCAGUGAACCGCCUUGUAGUGUCUAUGGUGUUAUUAAGGACACCAAAAGCAUGAUCAUACCGGAGAAUCCAAUGACGCAUGUGGAUCAAAACGAGUGUGGCUUCAUGUUUGGCUGUGAUUAUACAGUAUUAGUGGAAACAUCGAAUAUGAUGGUAUCCGAACAUGCGACCGUGUCUGUGCCAUAUUGCAUAAUGGGUGUGUGUUCCUGCCGACAUGCUGCAACGCUACCGAAGGUCUUAUCAUCCGUCAAUAUACCCGACAAUGAGACGAUCAUCUUCGAUUGGGCGAUUAAAUAUGAAAAAAUAAUGGACAAGCAUAAUCACGAUGCCAGAGAUACAAAUAAUCACUGGAAAUUAUAUUUAAUCAUCAGCGAACAAACCAAUCCUUCGCUCUCGUGGGGCGGUCGGCUCUUACCCAUCACAGAGCAUUUGUAUCCCAUACGAAAUGUGACACAGCUGAACACCAAAGGCACUAUGAAGGGUGUCUUCAAAAUACGUAUACCAAAAGAGAAGCAAUUAGUUGCCAAUGCUGUGCUCAAAAUACGCUCAUAUAUAAUAGACGAUCUGCAAUGUGGCGGCCCAGAGCAUUUCUCAAAUAUUACAGUUCCUGAUUUUUUUAAAGUAGACGAAAACAUUGACGCUGCUGACUUCGAUUUGGGCAUUGCCUUAAUUAUUCUCAGCGCGCUUUUCCUCUGCAUCGUCGUUUUGGCUUUGACAUUUUGCUGUUGGAAACGUAAUAAAAUUGCCAAAUUCCAUAACGGUGUUCUACCGAAGGAAGAACAUUGCCUGGCGCCAUUCUCCACAAUGGUCGAAAUGGAAGACAACAUCAACUACGUCGAUAAGUAUGUUGAGGAGGCACAAGCGAAGGGCUUGGCUGAUGUAUUCGAAAUACCACACACCGCCAUACAGAUUGGUCCCGAAAUCGGCGAGGGUGCAUUCGGACGUGUCUAUAAGGCCAUCGCUGUGAACAUACGACGAAUGCGCGGCAGCACCGUUGUUGCUGUAAAGCAACUGAAAAAAAAUCCAACUUCAGAUGAAGUGGGAGAAUUUCUAAGUGAAAUCGAAAUGUUGAAGGGUGUGGGCACACAUCACAAUAUCGUCAGCUUCUUUGGCUGCUGCACCAUACGACCGCCAUAUCUCAUGAUCAUGGAGUUUGUGGGUCGUGGCGAUUUGUUAACCUAUCUGCGUACCGUGCGUCAGGGUUCGACAAAAUUCAAACCCAACGGCGACAUCGCCUCGUACACAAAUCGCAAAACAGCCGAGCAGCCAAAGCCGAAGGUCAAAUAUAUUGAAUUAAAAUUAUCCACACAAUCGGUGGAUAGUGAAUAUGAGACUGAACGUCAGCCGAAGACAUCUGUCGCGGAGACAACCUAUACUAUAGUUGAAGACGAGGACUAUAAUGAGACAUUUGAGUAUAUUUUGGAUCACAAAGAGUUGCAUAAUUUUGCGUUACAAAUCGCGAAUGGCAUGCGAUUUCUGGAAGAGCAGGAGAUAACUCAUAGAGAUUUGGCUGCGCGUAAUGUACUCAUAGACGAUCGUAAGACCUUGAAAAUAUCAGAUUUUGGUCUAUCCCGCCAUGGUAUUUAUACAAAUACAAAAACUCGAAAGCUACCACUACGUUGGCUCUCUAUUGAAGCGAUACGUGACAAUAUUUAUUCGAACAAGAGCGACGUCUGGGCAUACGGUGUUGUGCUAUGGGAGAUCGGCACUUUGGGCGCCUCACCAUAUCCAACCAUCAGCAAUCAUGAGCUCAUACCAUUUUUGCUGUCCGGCAAAAGACUGGAGAAACCUGAAAUCUGCACGGAUCAGGUUUACGCCAUAAUGAUGCAAUGUUGGGAUGAGAGCGCCGAAAAUCGUCCCACCUUCGAGGAACUCUACAAGGCAUUAAGCCCCAGUGCGGCAUAUGUUGAUAUUAACAGUCUGAGUGAUGACUAUGUCUUUCCACCGAUUUAG